AGAGAAGGAAUUGGACCACGUGACUAAACGGGGCAGUCCAUCUUCUGCUACAGAAAAAAAAAGCCAUUUUGUGGCGACUCAACUAGUACUAUCCAACCUAGUGAAAACCCUCUUUCUAUCCCGGAUUUUCUUACGCCAAAACGGGAGUGUUUCCUGCACAAACAGAUCCGCCAAGCUGGAUAAAAUGCAUAGAACCACCCGGAUUAAAAUCACGGAGUUGAACCCACAUCUCAUGUGUGCGCUGUGCGGAGGAUACUUCAUCGAUGCCGCGACCAUCGUGGAGUGCCUUCACUCGUUUUGUAAAACGUGCAUUGUCGGUUACCUGGAGACCAACAAAUACUGCCCGAUGUGUGACGUUCAAGUGCACAAAACAAGACCUCUUCUCAGCAUCAGAGCUGAUAAAACCUUGCAGGACAUCGUGUACAAGCUUGUUCCAGGGCUUUUUAAAGAUGAGAUGAAGAGGAGGAGAGACUUUUAUGCAGCCAACCCCACAGCAGAUGCUGCCAACGGUUCGAGUGAAGACCGAGGGGAAGUCCGGGAGGAAGAGAAGAGAAUCAUCACGGACGACGAGAUCAUCAGCCUGUCCAUAGAGUUUCAUGAAGGCAACACAAAUGACAAGAAGGUUGCGAUGGAAACACGAGAGGCAGAAAAAGAAAAGGCGAACAGCAAGCGGUUUCUUCGCUGCCCAGCUGCCAUGACCGUGAUGCACCUCUCCAAGUUCCUGCGCAGCAAGAUGGAUAUUCCCAGCAAUUACAGAAUCGAGGUGCUGUACGAAGAUGAGCCUUUGAAAGACUACUACACCCUUAUGGACAUUGCAUACAUUUACACAUGGAGACGGAACGGCCCUCUUCCGCUCAAGUACAGAGUGCAGCCCGCCUGCAAGAGGAUAAAACUGUCCCAGCAGCAAGCGGCCAGCAACUCUGACGGCAUGAACACCAGCGGCAACUCGGAGAGCGACUCCGUCAGUGACAAAGCCAACAGCCCCGCCACCGUGCCCUCCACCUCCUCCCCUCUGCCCAGCCCCGGGGCGCACAGCAACCGGACCUCCCCCAGCCCCUCCGGAGCCGCCUCCACACCCCCCACCAGCAGCUCCGCCCCCCCCACGCUCCUCAACGGCACCUCCAACUGCCGGCAGCUGUCUCCCUCGGCAGGGCACGGCCGCAAAGUGACUGUCAACGGAGCGGGAGCUGGAACAGAAACGUCGCCCCUAACCUAAAACUCUGUCGUUGUCAUUCAGCAGCAACCAACCAUGAAGAGAGGACUGAGGGGACCGGACUCUACAUAUUGUUCUGAUUUAUUUUGUAUUCAACAGUUGCCCCCAUUUCUUCUUCUCCUCCUCCUCCUCCUUAGCUGCUUUUAAUUUU